AUGAAGGGCCCGAGGGCCGUCCUUGUGGGUAUCCUAGCCCUCCUCGCGGUGGCCCUUGCUCGACAAGGCUGCAACGAUCACGACUUGUCCAGCCUCGAGGCUGCCAAUUGCUCCCCACUGGCUGCUGGUCUUGUGGAGGACAAGAUUGUGAAGAAGCCCAAGUAUCCUUCCCAAGCCAGCCUGGAUGCACCAAUCGGGGAGGCGGUUGCCUGCCCCUUCAUUUACCUCCCAGUGUGCGACACAUCCAACAAGACCCACCCCAACACCUGCGUCGGAGAGGCAGAGGGUGCCACCAUCGCCUGCGAGGGCGAGUGUCCCUGCCCCGUGGCCUCCUGCGCAGCCAUCUAUGCGCCCGUGUGCGGCACCAAUAACAUCACCUACGGCAAUGCGUGCGUGGCGGAAGGCGCCCGCGCCGAGGUCGCGUGCCAGGGCGAGUGCCCCUGCCCUGCAAAGGGAGAUGGCCCUGGCAGCAUCCUCCCCACCUUCUGCCCCGCCAUCUAUGCGCCCGUGUGCGGCACCAAUAACAUCACCUACGGCAAUGCGUGCGUGGCAGAAGGCGCCCGCGCCGAGGUCGCGUGCCAGGGCGAGUGCCCCUGCCCCGUGGCCUCUUGCGCAGCCAUCUAUGCGCCUGUGUGCGGCACCAACAAUGUCACCUAUGGCAACGAGUGCAUUGCGCAGGGUGCACGCGCUGAGGUCGCCUGCAAGGGCGAGUGCCCCUGUGAUCCAUAA